AGGUGCUUACUGUCUGAAAUGAAGGUCAAUCCGUGCAGCUGUGUCUUUGAGUUGUUACUUUUUCUGCAGUCUCUAUCUCUGGGUCAAUCGUAUAAUCGACUGCCUUAUUUCUUGAAUUACUACUUUGAUCAAUAUAUUUUAAUAUAUGAAAAUGCCUCUGUUGGCUCCUCCAUUACUAAACUGUGGGCGAGGGAUCCGGACAACGAUACACUUGUGUUUGGUGUUGUCGGGGAAGAAGCCAGCAAGUAUUUUGCGGUGGAAAGUGAGACUGGAGUUGUCUGGCUUCGCCAGCCUUUGGAUAGAGAGGAAAUUUCGGAACUUCAAGUAGAGUUCUCCGUCAGUGACAAGCAAAGUGUGAUUAAAGGCAUUGUCAAUAUUCAAGUUGGUGAUGUAAAUGACAAUCCACCCGUGUUCCACAAUCAGCCGUAUAGUGUCCGAAUUCCUGAGAACACUCCAACGGGAACGCCGAUUUUCAUUGUGAACGCUACAGAUCGGGACCAGGGCACAGGGGGCAGUGUGCUGUAUUCCUUCCAACCUCCAUCGCGCUUCUUUUCCAUCGAUGGCGCCAGAGGAGUUGUAACUGUUCAAAGACCACUGGAUUACGAGAUGACUCGAGCCUAUCAGCUACAAGUCAAUGGAACGGAUCAGGACAAAGACCAUCCUCUCUCCACUCUUGCUAAUCUUGCAAUCACUAUAACUGAUAUCCAGGAUAUGGACCCUAUAUUUGUAAAUCUUCCUUACAGCACAAAUAUUUAUGAGAACUCCCCUCCAGGUAAGACUGUGCGGAUUAUUACAGCACUAGAUCAGGACAGAGGGAGGCCGCGAGGCAUUGGUUACACUAUUGUUUCGGGUAAUACCAACAGCAUCUUUGCCUUAGAUUACAUCAGUGGAGCUCUGACUCUCAACGGCCCCUUGGAUCGAGAAAAUCCCCUCUACAGCUCAGGGUUUAUAUUGACUGUAAGGGGCACUGAACUGAAUGAAGACCGGACACCGUCAAAUGCUACAGUUUCCACAACCUUUAAUAUAUUGGUGAUUGAUGUCAAUGACAACCCACCAGAGUUCAACCGCUCUGAGUACAGUGUCAGCAUUACUGAAUUGGCACAGGUGGGCUUUGCACUCCCGCUCUUCGUCCAAGUGCAAGAUAAAGAUGAUGCUCCCAACAGCAUGUUUGACAUCCAGCUAGUGGGGAACAACUCAGACCAUUUUACCAUUUCGCCGACAUCCGGCCAGGGGAGGAUAGACAUCCGGGUCCGAGUGGCUGUGCCCUUGGAUUAUGAGCGCAUCUCUCACUAUGAGUUUUCUCUUUUUGCAAACGAGACAUCCUCCGAACAUGUUGGUUUUGCUUGGGUCAAGAUUGACCUAGUGAACGAAAACGACAACAGGCCGAUAUUCAGCCAGCCACUCUACAACGUGAGCUUGUUAGAGAAUGCAUCUGUCGGAGUCUCUGUUGUUGGCGUUAUCGCAACAGAUAAUGAUAUUGGAAGCUACGGAAAUGUCAAUUAUUUUUUCAGUGAUGAAUCUGACAGGUUUGCUAUUGACAAGGAUACUGGCAUGGUCACGCUAAUCAGGAGAUUAGACUUUGAGGCAACUCGACGAUACACUUUAACCGUUAUAGCUAAGGAUGGCGGCGGUGAGGAAACUACAGGACGUUUGCGCAUUAAUGUGUUGGACAUUAAUGACAAUGUGCCCACCUUUCAGAAGGAAACCUAUCUGGGAACGAUUCGAGAGAAUGAGGCUGCUCCAGUGCAAGUGGUCAGAGUUCGAGCGAUUGAUGACGAUUCACCUCCAAACAACCAGAUCACUUACAGCAUCUUUAACACCUCAGUCCUGAGCAGCUACUUCGAUAUCAGGGUAUCGGAAGGUUACGGGGUUAUUAUUGUCACAAGGCCCAUUGACUUUGAGCAGGUACCAGGAGGUUUUAUCUAUUUGACCAUCAUGGCAAAAGACGCUGGGACGACUCCUCUGUACAGCACAGUCCCUGUGACUGUCGAAGUUUUUGAUGAGAAUGACAAUUCUCCCACUUUCAGCCAAUCUUCCUAUAUCAUAGCAGUCUCUGAAAAUAUCAUAGCAGGAGCCACAGUAUUGUUUGUAACAGCAUCUGAUUUGGACCAAUCUCAGGAGUACGGCCAGGAGUCGAUAAUCUACUCUCUGGAGGGUUCAUCACAAUUCCGCAUCAAUACUCGCUCAGGGGAAAUAACGACUACUUCCCUGCUGGACAGAGAAACUAAAUUUGAAUACAUCCUGAUUGUCCGAGCUGUGGAUGGCGGAGUCGCAAAUAAUCAGAAAACUGGGAUAGCCACUGUGAAUAUAACUCUACUUGACAUAAAUGAUAAUCGUCCCAUUUGGAAGGAUGAGCCAUACUUAGCCAAUGUGGUUGAAAUGUCACCCAUUGACACAGAUGUGAUCACUGUGUCUGCCUUUGACCCAGACCUUGCUGAGAAUGGUUCUGUUGUGUACACCAUCAACCCUCCCAAUCCAUUCUAUCGAAUCAACAGGACCACGGGGAAGAUCCGCACAUCUGGUGCGGUGUUGGACCGAGAGAAUACGGAUUCCAGCGGUGCUGAAAUGAUGAGGAAAAUCGUUGUAUCGGUCACAGACCAGGGAAGGCCUUCCCUACAAGCCAGCAGUAGCACCACCGUUACUGUGAACUUGCUGGAUCUAAAUGACAAUGACCCUGUUUUCCAAAACCUGCCGUUCACUGCUGAAGUGCUGGAGGAUCUGCCAAUUGCCUCGUCCAUUUUCCAGGUAUCUGUGCUAGAUCCUGAUGAAAGUUCCAAUGGAAUGGUGACAUACUCCAUGCAAGUCGGCAUGCCCAGAUUGGACUUUGUACUCAACUCCAGCACAGGCUUAAUCACUUCCACUGCGGCGUUGGAUCGAGAGAGGAUAUCGGAAUACUAUUUGAGAUUGAUAGCCAGCGAUGCGGGAAUGGUGCCAAGGAGCUCCACCAGCACCCUGACAGUAAGGGUGCUGGAUGUAAAUGAUGAGAUUCCGACGUUUCACCCGGCUGUUUACAAUAUCUCCCUAUCAGAGGACGUGCCCAGGGAUCACAGGGUUGUGCGUCUCAACUGUACCGAUGCUGAUACUGGCCUUAACGCAGAGCUGAGCUACUUCAUUACAGGUGGAAAUGAUGAUGGAAAAUUCAGCGUUGGCUUUCGGGAUGGAAUAGUCAGGACUGUGGUGAACCUGGACAGAGAAACCCAAGUUUCUUACACACUUAUUUUGGAAGCUAUUGAUAAUGGACCAGCAGGAAGCAGAAAGACUGGGACCGCGACGGUGUACAUCGUGGUGUUGGACGUGAAUGAUAACCGACCCAUCUUCCUGCAGAACUCCUUUGAGGCCAGUGUCCUCGAAAACAUCACAGCAUCUGUCAGUGUGGUGCAGGUGGAAGCCACUGAUGCAGAUGAAGGAGUUAAUGGGAAGGUUUUGUACAGAAUCCUCUCAGGAAAUGCCAAUGAUAACUUCCAGAUGGACCAAGCUACUGGACUUAUCUCCAGAGGUUCCCGCCCCUUGGACAGAGAGAGCAGUACUACCCAUGUGUUGGAGGUGGAGGCCUACAAUCAUGACUUUGGAAGGAUGAGGAGCUCUGUGAGAGUGAUCAUAUACGUGGAGGAUGUGAAUGAUGAAACACCAGUUUUUACACAGCAACAGUACAACCGACUAGGGCUGAGAGAAACUGCAGGGAUCGGCACAUCAGUCAUUGUCGUCAGAGCAAGCGACAGAGACACGGGGGAUGGAGGCAUGGUAGCCUACAUGAUCUUAUCCGGAUCAGAGAGGAAGUUUGCCAUUGAUGAGAGUACAGGCCUUAUCACUACAGUGAAUUACCUCGAUUAUGAAACCAGAACCAGCUAUCUCAUGAAUAUCUCUGCCACAGACCAAGCCCCACCUUACAACAGGGGUUACUGCACUGUCUACAUCACCUUAUUAAAUGAGUUGGAUGAGCCUGUGCAGUUUACAAAUGCAUCAUAUGAAGCUACGCUUAGAGAAAAUAUCGCAACUGGGACUGAAGUGGUCCAGAUCCAAGCUCGCUCUGCUGAUAACAUGAACCUGAUCACCUAUAGGUUUGACCCUGACACCUCUGCCCGGACCCUGUCCUUAUUCCAAAUAAACAGAGUCACUGGUGUGAUAACUGUCCGAGGACAGGUUGAUAGGGAGAAGGGAGAUUAUUAUCUGAUCACCGUCAUAGCAGAUGAUGGAGGACCCAAGAAGGACUCCACUGUGAAGGUAAUCAUUAAUAUUGAAGAUGAGAAUGACAACAGUCCAGUGUUUGAUGCUACUUCGGAUUCCUCUGUGGAGGUUCUGGAGGACGUUCCUGUUGGGAAGAGGGUGGCUGUUGUCUUUGCCCAUGAUCUGGAUGUGAAGAAGAACGGACUGGUUAACUUCACCAUUCUGUCUGGAAAUACUAACGAAACCUUCAGGAUUAGGACAGCCAACACUAGCCGUGGAGAGAUCUACCUUGCUCGACCCAUGGACAGAGAACAGAUUGAUCAAUACGUAUUGACGAUUCAGGCCUUUGACAAUGGUUUACAGCCUCGUAAAACAAAUCACAUUCUAACCAUCACAGCCGUGGAUGUCAAUGACAAUGCCCCAGUUAUCGCAAACCCUGAGAACUACAACAUCAGCAUUUACGAGAAUGUUGGAGGAGGUACUGCAGUCACCAGAGUCAGAGCCACCGACAUGGACACUGGCAUCAAUGCCGUGCUGUACUACUACAUCACCCGGGGCAAUGAAGAUCUCACCUUCAGAAUCGACAGGCUGACAGGAGAGAUUGUCACACGCCCAUCUCCUCCAGAUCGGGAGGGGCGAGCUUUCUACCAGCUGACAGUAACAGUGGAAGAUGAUGGGACCCCUUCGCUCUCGGCGACAACUACAAUACGUGUAAGUAUUUUGGAUGAGAAUGACAAUCAUCCGGCAUUUCAGCAACAACAGUAUGAAAUCACUUUAGAUGAAGGGCCAUCUACCUUGAAUUCUUUCAACAUAACAGUGAGUGCAGCGGAUCAAGAUGAAGGCCUCAAUGGGACUGUUACAUACAAUAUUGUGGAUGGGAAUAUCUAUAACACAUUCACUAUCCACAAUGUCACAGGUCAGAUCAAAGCAGUGAAGGAAUUGGACUAUGAGAUUUGCCAUGGCCGCUACAUCCUCAUCGUUACAGCCACUGACCAGUGUCCGAAUCCACUCCGCCGCCUGACCUCCACUGCCACAGUAAGUGUCAAUGUGAAUGAUGUUAAUGAUGUAACUCCAAGGUUUCCUCAUACUUACGAGGGUCCAUUUGACAUCACUGAGGGUCAACCGGGUCCAAGAGUGUGGACGUUCCUUGCGGAAGAUGAAGAUUCGGGCCCAAAUGGGCAAGUAGAAUAUAGCAUCAUAGCAGGAGAUCCCCUUAAUGAAUUCAUUAUUUCUCCAGUGGAAGGGGAGCUUCGUGUGAGAAGAGAAGCUGAGUUAGAUCGGGAAAGUGUUGCAUUUUAUAACCUAACCAUUAUGGGCAAAGACAGAGGAACACCAGCUCUGAGCAGUAUGAUACUGGUCGAAGUGCGUGUCCUGGAUAUAAAUGAUAAUGAUCCUGUGCUCCAGAACAUGCCACGGAACUGCACCAUCAGUGAAAACACAGCCGUAUCCACAAGCAUUGCCCGAGUCCUGGCUACCGAUAUUGACAGUGGCUGCAAUGCUCUCCUCACCUUUAGCAUCACCACAGGAAACAUUAAAAAUGCCUUUUUCAUUAAUGAAACAACUGGUGCCAUCUAUGUCAGCAGACCAUUGGAUAGGGAGCAGACGGCUGAGUAUCAACUCACCAUCACAGUCAAAGACAACCCAGAAAAUCCUAGACAUGCUCGAAGAGAUUCUGACUUACUGACUGUCUCAAUCUCGGAUGAGAAUGAUAACCAGCCUGUGUUUACUCAGAGAUCAUAUCAAGCUAAAAUUCUCGAGAAUCCAGAAGCAGGCACACAAAUAACCAUGAUAAAUGGGCCCAUUUUAGCAUUCGAUAAUGAUGAAGGACCAAAUGCUGUGGUCACUUAUCGAUUACAGGGUAACAGGACUGAAUUCUUCACCGUAGACAGGAACACUGGGAUUGUUUCUGUGGCACCAGGAAAAAGCAUUGACAGGGAGUUGUUACCCAAUGCAAGCCUGGAGUUUACCUUGAUAGCAGAAGAUAUUGGCCUGCUGAACAGUGUGGCUGGGCUUGUAAUAACAGUCUUGGAUCAAAAUGACAACACACCAGUCUUCACCCCUCCUUCAAUGACAGUCCACGUUCAGGAAAACAGCCCCUCAGGUUUCAGUGUUGGCCGGGUAACAGCCACAGAUGCAGAUAUUGGUGUGAACCAGCAACUGAGAUACCGGAUAGAGGGAGGCGCCCAGGAUAAGUUUAUCAUUGACCCCCGCAGGGGAGUUAUUAAAGUGGCUAGUGGUGUAACGGUAGACCGAGAGGAAAGGGGCUCCUACACACUGAUUGUGGUAGCGAUGGACCGUGGUACCCCACCACUGUCAGCAAGUGCCAUUGUGAAUAUUGUAAUUGAUGACAGCAAUGAUUGCCGCCCCGAGUUUAUUAACCCUGUCCAGACCAUAAGCAUCAGUGAGUCAGUGACAAUUGGUACUAUCAUAGCAAACAUCACAGCUACAGAUCGGGACCUGCAACCCCAACUGGAGUAUUACAUCAUCGAGCUUGUUGCCAAGGAUGACACUGAUGAAGAGGUACAGGAACAGCAAAGGGCCUUUGACAUCAAUUUUCAAACAGGUGCUGUGUUUGUAAAAACUCCUUUGAAUAGGGAGCUGGUAGCUACCUACGAACUUACGAUAUCAGUACAUGACAAUGCCAGUGAUGUAAUCAGUCAUUCUGUCAGCAUUCCCAAUGCAAAGCUAACAGUAAAUGUCCUGGACGUGAAUGACAAUCCUCCCCGGUUCAGACCAUUUGGGGUGAAUAUUUUCACUGAGAGGAUUCUGGAAGGAGCAACGACUGGCACAACACUGCUGUCUGUAUCGGCCGUAGAUCCUGAUAAAGGCCCCAAUGGACUGGUCAACUACGAACUCCUGAAUCUUCCUCCUGGGGACUACAUCAGACUGGAGGAUCCUGCAGCAGGGAAAAUAGUUGCAAGCAGGACGGUGGAUUACGAAGAGGUUCAGUGGCUGAAUUUCACAUUGCGAGCGGUGGAUCAUGGAUCACCGCCUCGAUCUGUAGAGGCUCCGGUUUAUUUACAGAUCGUGGACAUCAACGAUAACAACCCUGUCUUCGUGGAGUCUUCCUACCAGAAGACAGUGCCUGAAGAUACCUCCUUGGGCAUCGUGAUUCUCCAAGUUAGUGCCGAGGAUGCAGACAAUGGCAGGUUCUCGCAGAUUGAAUACAGCCUUGUGGACGGAGAGGGAAGGUUCGGAAUCAACCCCACGACGGGGGACAUUUACAUUCUGGCUGCCCUUGAUCGAGAGAAAAAGGAUCACUACACACUAACAGCCGUUGCCAAGGACAACCCAGGUGAUAAUCCAAGUAAUCGCAGAGAGAAUGCUGUCCAGGUGCUGGUGACUGUUCUGGAUGUUAAUGACUAUCGUCCCCAGUUCUCCAAGAAUGUGUUUAGCACCAGUGUUUAUGAGAAUGAGCCAGGAGGGGCAUCUGUGGUAACCAUGACUGCGACAGAUCUGGAUGAGGGUGAAAAUGCAGUGUUAAAGUAUAGUAUACAGGGGCCUGGUGUAGAGGCUUUUAGGAUUGAUGAGGACACAGCCAUGAUUACCACCACCCGGCUCCUGGAAUCCUACGAGAGGUUUAAUUUGACAGUUGUCGCCACUGACCAAGGCGAGCUACCGCUUUGGGGGUCAGCUUUGCUGAAGAUUGAAGUGAUUGACGUGAAUGACAAUCGGCCUGUGUUUAUCAGGCCUCCCAAUGGGACAAUACUGCAUGUUAUGGAGGAGAGAGAUGCAGGAUUCAAUGUGUAUGAGGUCCUGGCCACUGACAACGAUGAAGGUUUGAAUGGAGCGGUCAGAUAUGGCUUUCUGAAGACAGCAGUCAACAGAGAUUGGGAGUAUUUCAGCAUCGACCCCCUCAGUGGAAUCAUCAGUACCACAGUCAGACUGGACAGGGAGAGGCAGGCUGUCUAUAAUCUGAUUCUCCUGGCAUAUGACCUUGGGCAGCCUGUUCCCUAUGAAACCACACAGCUUCUGCAGGUAGCGCUGGAUGAUAUUGAUGACAAUGAACCACUCUUUCUCAAACCACCGAGGAGUUUGCAGUACCAGCUGCUCUUUGUGCCCGAACACUCUGAUCCAUCUACUGUUGUGGGGAAUGUAACGGGAGCGAUCGAUGCUGAUGAAGGAUCCAAUGCUGUGGUCUAUUACUUCCUAGCAGCUGGAGAUCCAGAUAAUAACUUCCAUCUGAAGCGGGAUGGGCUGCUUAAGGUGUUGAAUGAUCUGGACCGAGAAACCAACCCAUUCUACACCAUCAUUGUCAAGGCCUCCAGUAACCCGAACUGGAGGCCUCCGAGGGGGUACAGCCAACUUUUCGACCCCAGCACUGACCUCACCCUACAGGAAGUCCGCAUCUUCCUGGAGGACAUCGAUGACCAGCCGCCCAGGUUCAUAAAGUCGGAAUACACAGCCGGUGUUGCUACCGAUGCUAAAGUAGGUUCUGAGCUGAUCAGAGUGGAGGCUUAUGAUGCUGAUAUUGGAAACAACAGCCUCAUCUUCUAUCAAAUUGUUAACAUCCGCUACAUUCAGCUACAGUUCAACGAAUCUGAAGAUGUUGGGAAUGUCUUCAUAAUUGGGGAGCAGGAUGGCAUUGUGAGGACAUUUGACCUCUUCACAGCCUACAACCCUGGCUAUUUUCUGGUGGACAUCAUGGUUUCAGACCUGGCUGGACACAACGAUACAUCGGUGAUCGGGAUUUACAUUUUGAGAGAUGACCAGCGUGUCAAGAUUGUCAUCAAUGAGAUCCCAGAGAGGGUGCGGGAGUUUGAAGAGGAGUUCAUUAAGUUGCUUUCCAACAUCACUGGAGCCAUAGUUAACACAGAUGACGUACAGUUUCACGUUGAUCAGAAGGGCCGGGUCAAUUUUGCCCAGACGGAUGUUCUGAUCCAUGUGGUGAACAGGGAAACUAACCGGAUCUUGGAUGUGGAGAGGAUAAUCCAGAUGAUUGAUGAAAAUAAGGAGCAGCUGAGAAAUCUCUUCCGGAAUUACAACAUCCUCGAUGUCCAGCCGGCCGUUAACGUUAGGGCAGCUAACGACAUGACGUCUUUACAGAUGGCGAUAAUUAUUCUUGCAAUUUUACUGUUCCUGGCUACCAUGCUGUUCAUCUUCAUGAAUUGGUAUUACAGAACAGUACACAAGAGAAAGCUGAAGGCUAUUGUAGCAGGCUCCACUGGUAACCAAGGGUUUAUGGACAUACUGGACAUGCCAAACACGAACAAGUAUUCAUUCGAAGGGGCAAACCCAGUCUGGCUCGAUCCUUUCUGCAGGAACCUGGAACUCGCUGCUCAGGCUGAACAUGAAGAUGACCUGCCAGAGAAUCUCAGUGACAUCACUGAUCUCUGGAACAGUCCAGCCAGGACCCAUGGUACAUUUGGCCGUGAACCACCCACAUCUAAGCUGGAGGACGAUCGAUAUUUGCGUGCAGCCAUACAGGAGUACGACAGUAUUGCGAAACUUGGACAGAUCAUGAGAGAAGGCCCCAUUAAGGGCUCCCUCUUGAAAGUGGUUCUGGAUGACUACCUGCGGCUGAAGAGGCUGUUUGCUGCUCGCCUGGCUCACAAGUCCGCUGCCAGUGGGGAUCGGUCAUCCAUGGUGGAGCUGAUUCCCAGUGACAUGGAAGACGAUGAUGAGAAGCCUCCUGGUCGUGGAACUCUGAGGUUCAAGCAUCGGCACCCAGUGGAACUGAAAGGCCCUGAUGGCAUCCAUGUAGUGCAUGGCAGCACUGGCACCUUGCUGGCCUCCGAUCUAAACAGUUUGCCAGAGGAUGACCAGAGGGUCUUGGUAAGAUCCCUGGAAACCCUGAACACAGAGAGUGGGAGCUAUGUGGACAGGAAUGCCAAGACAGAGUCUGCAAAGUCCACUCCGUUGCACAAGGCAAAAGAAAGGGUGAUGGAGAUUCCACUGGAGAUCACAGAACUUUGACAGCAAGAUCCAGGAGCCCUGAACACAAACAAUUGUUGGAGGGUAGCUGUUGAAAAUAAACAAAUGUUGUCUAGGAUCA